ACUCUCUGCAUUUUUAUCUUAUGAGCUUUGAUGUGUGUGUAAGAUUAGUAAGCAUUAGAAAACUAGACACGGUCUAACUUUACUGAGUUUCUGGCUACUUUAAGGGAGCGUCGUCAAAGUUGAAGGCGGCGGGCCAGCGGGUCUUGUGGAGGGCCGUUCUCUUCCUGCGCCGCUUUAAGUGAAAGGGGAAGCCUUGAAACCUCCAUGUUUGUAUCUUGAAAUUGCGAGCGGAGUUGAGCACCAUAUUGAAUCAAAGUUGCCAACUCCUUGACAAAUGUUUUCUAACUUUCAAAGUUCAAACUUGAGCGGGCACUCGAGCGGCAACCGACACCUGACGGCCCACGGACGCGCUGGAGGCGACUUGUUGCGAUGUUUCCCCGGGGAUUUCAACUUAGUCUCCGCGCCCGCUCCGUUUAAUGCGCCGAGGCAGCCGAGCAGUCUGUAACUUUACAGUGUAAGGAAGAGCCGCAGCACUCCGGAGCAGACCUGGAUGUGAUGGACAAUCCGUCCUCAGUGAUCACGCAAGUCAGCCGGGAUGAAGAGGGAAAUAAAGCCGCGGGAGAGAGAGGUUCCUCGCCCUCCCUGUCGUCCAAGAAGCCCAGGAGCGGGGGCCUGUUCUCCAGCCUGUUCUGCUGCCUGUGCCGGGAGCAGCCCGAGGCCCCGCCGGUCAACAACAACGCCCCCCUGCUGGUCGAAGAGAAUGGAACCGUCUCCAAGAACCAGGUGAAGCCGCUGCUGCCUCCAGUGAAGUCGAAAGACUCUGGAAAGAUCUGCGUGGUAAUCGAUCUGGACGAGACGCUGGUCCACAGCUCGUUUAAGCCUGUGAACAAUGCGGACUUCAUCAUUCCAGUGGAAAUAGAUGGAACAGUACACCAGGUGUACGUGUUGAAGAGGCCGCACGUCGACGAGUUCCUCAAGAGGAUGGGGGAGCUGUUCGAGUGCGUCCUGUUCACUGCCAGUUUAGCCAAGUAUGCCGACCCCGUGUCCGAUCUCCUGGACAAGUGGGGCGCCUUCCGAUGCCGCCUCUUCCGGGAGUCGUGCGUCUUCCACCGAGGAAACUACGUCAAGGACCUGAGUCGCCUGGGACGGGACCUCAACAAGGUCAUCAUUGUCGACAACUCGCCUGCCUCCUACAUCUUCCACCCUGAUAACGCAGUGCCGGUGGCCUCGUGGUUUGACGACAUGUCCGACACGGAGCUGCUGGACCUCAUCCCGUUCUUCGAGAGGCUCAGCAAAGUGGAUAAUGUGUACAGAGUCCUCAAGCAGCAAGGGACCACGAGCUAGCAGUGUCACUCUGCACCUGGGAUCAGAGCAAAUUAACUACAGAGUACACACACACACAUACACACACAACACACACACACACACACAAAUGUCGGUGAGGCAUCAGCCUGCCUACUACUGCCCGUCACAGUCCCCCAAACAGACUGCAUGAGGCCUGGCAGAGCCUCCGCCUCCCCAGCAGCUCCAAGCCUUUAACAGUCUGCAGCACGUUUGGGAGUCUUCACUUGACCUAACGGUGCCCUCACUGCCACCUGCUGGUGAAAGCGAAAACUGCUUGACAUUUUGCCUUGUAGCUUCCCCUUAUAAACCUGCGGCCGCCUGUCACGCACCAGCCCAUGCAAGCGAGCGAAUGGAUGGAUGAGGAGUGGUGCUCAUGUUCGGCACUUCUUCCUGCAAUAUCACUGAACUCGACGAAGCAGAGGUUUCUGUGCGUGAACCCUCUGCAGUCUGCACACACACACACACACACACAUACACAGAGUGGGUACUGGAAACAGACUUGUGUCACGGAGGCAGCGAAUCUGAUCCCACACAACUGAAGCAGGACUGAUUCAAGUGGAUGAGUUUUGGAAAAGAAUUAACCUGAUCAGUUUUGUCGGAGGAAAAGCUGCUGGUGCCCCAGGUGUCUUUUAAGCGUUUGAAAUAGCAUUAUUUUUGUCACACCACCUCAGUUCUCGUCCAUUGCCCUCUUUACACUAUUCUCUGGACACUUGUUGAAUUUAAAGCUCUCGCCGAUUGCUAUCCUUUCUCUUUCCAGUGAUCUUCGGGAAUCGUUUGAGUUGUAACUUUGAGAAAGAGCAACGCGAUCACUUCUUUGUGGAUAAUCAUAACAGUGUUACGACUGCACCGAUGAACAAAACGCUCUUUUUCAUUUCUUCACCAAAACCCAAGUGGGGUUGUCAGAUAUCAUGGCGGGUUGUUAAACCCACUCAUGCGAAAAUAAUGACUGGACAGCACUUUACAAGGUAAAGGACCAGCCUCAUUGUCAUUGCAGCUUAGAAACGGCUUUUCGUGCAACAAUUUGACCAACACGCCAAAAGUCGCAAACCAGCCAGCAAACCAGCCCAGGUCCCAUUCAGAAACAGUGUCAAACCUGACACUGGAUAUUGAAUCAUGACAGCGGAAGUGCAGCUACUAUGCUUACAGUACGUGGAGCUCCAAAGGUCGUGUAAAGAGACCAGUUUAUAUGGAAAUGCAGUAUAUCUUUUAUCUGUGCGUCGGCAGAUGUCAUGGAUAGGUAAUGCCAGAGACGAGCAGACCAGGCCGAUCGGAUGGAAAUGGGUCAGUGUUACAUCAAAAGAGGGGCCUCAGUUGCGUCGAUGUAUGAUAUCUGGUUUUGUGACUCGUUCUUUGUUUUAUAGCCACAAACAAAACUUGAAUUAUCAGUAGCAUUUAGGGACUGCAGUUGAACGGCAAUGGAAAUGCGUAUGGUGCAAAACAAAAAGGUUCGGCAAGUUAGUGGUUCAAGUCGUGUGAUUUAUAAGCUUCAGUACAAAGUAAGAGUCUUUUUCUCCAGGCGGUACAGUACAUAUGGGCUGGAAAACAAUUUUUUAAAAAAUAUAUUAUUUUGAAGUAAAAUGUGUGUUGGGGAAGGAAUUCUGGGAGGACUCAAGAAUUCGGGAGGCAGUGUUUGGCGAGACCAGGCGCUCCUCUCAAAACACAACGCACCGUUUAAUUCACAUCACAACACUUUGACGUUGGACAGAUGGCGGUGAUGUGCCUUGCAUUCCUGUCCAUUCUAUUGUUUGGUGGUGUUUUUACUUAUUACCGCAACAAUAUGGUGUGGACACAGUACUGUUCCUUUGGCCGUUACUUUACUAUCACUCUCUUGACCUAAAGGUACAACCCACAGAUGAACGCACCAAUUUCAUGCCUGUUCUCUUGGGGUUUGUUGAACGGCAUUCUGGGAAAUGUAGGAACUCACUUAAGGAGCGAUUUGAGGAAAAAUGGGUGUCAUGCUGCAUUUGAUUGCGCUUGGAAAAUCUCUUACUCCGAAAUGUCCGAUAAUGCCACCAUUCAAAUCACCAGUAUGAAAUGUGUCUGUCAGUGAUGUAGCCUAAGCACAAUUCUCUUUGCAUCAAGAUAUACUACAAAAUGUUAUUUUUAUAGAUUAUGUGCUGUCAAAAUGUGCCGUAACAACUUAAUAGUCAGUUUUAUUGUCAUUAACUUUACUAGAUUCUGAUAACAGCAGUCGGCAAAAGGUGUUCAUAUUUUUUCAUAUCAAAGCACAAGAACACAUUUAAGUUGCGAGUUCAGAAUAGGGUUUCGGAUUUUCGAUUUUUGAGGACAAUUGAACGCAGCAUAACACAAAAGGGAAUUAUGGCACUUAAUUUGCGAAAUGGCCCCUGGAAUACAUUGAACAUCACAGAUUCAUAACAAAACCGUGUAAGUGUGUUUUAAAGGAGAAGUGUGGACAAGCACAUGACAGCUCAACCGGACCACAUGGUUUGGUCCCUUUGGUCUGCAUGAUUUCUGUCUUUUUUUUUUAAUACAUAUUUUCCCAGUGUCCACUAAUAAUGGACGCUCCAUUGACAAUACAGUGUGUUGUUGACAGUGACGAAUGCAACGGUGGGCUCGACUCGGAGCCUCGAUAGCAGGCUUGUGACUCAGGCUGAGAGGGAAUAUUAUGGAGAUGGGGCAAGGCUAUAAAGUAAAUCCACAAUAUUAAGAGAUAUUACACUAUUUUUCUAUGCUUAACAAAUUCUUGUCAAUCAAAUUAGCCAUUUUUGAUAAAUAAUCACUGAUUUUAUUUCAGAUUUCUUUUGGCAAUUAAGGACUAGUCCUCUGAUACUGUUUUCCAAAGGGGGAAACAUUUUUCUUGCUGUUGCAAGACAAGGUUGGUUACCUCAUAUAUUAAUAGGCAAUAUAUGGUUUAAAAAAAAAAAAAAGAAAAAAAAAAAAACACCAGCAAAUAUCUAAAAGCAUAG